AUGGGAGUCGAGAAAGUCAUUCUCAGCGCGGGCAACGGCGUCCACUUCCCCUCCAAGGGUGACAAAGUCACAAUGGAGUACACGGGCUGGAUUUACGACCCCUCCGUCCCCAACAACAAGGGCAAGCAAUUCGACUCAUCAGAGGGCCGGGGAGAUCUCGUCACCUCAAUUGGCGAGGGCAGGGUCAUCAGGGGCUGGGAUGAGGGCAUCCUAGGCAACGGGAGCAGCGCAGCUAUGUCGCUAGGCGAGAAGGCGACUCUGACUAUGACUGCGGACUAUGGGUAUGGCCCGCGCGGCUUCCCCGGCCAUAUCCCGCCAAAUGCGAGUCUGGUGUUCGACGUCGAACUCAAAGCCAUCAACGGAAAGACCGCCUGA